AUGAAGAUCAAGAUGAUCUCGCGGUCGCUCGACGACCACCUCCCUGGCUCGUCGACUGCCCCGCACCCCCUGCAGCGUAACCUCGCCCCGCAUCUGCACCCCUUUGCCAAGCCUCGCGAGUACACUCGUGCGCUGACGGCGGCCAAGAUGGAGCGCAUGUUCGCCAAGCCGUUUGUGGACUCUUUGGAGGGCCACCAGGACGGCGUGUACUGCCUGGGCAAGGACCCGCGCCGUGUCUCGAUUGUGGCUGCUGGUGGUGGCGACGGUGAGGUGCUGGUGCACUCGCUCAGCCAGCGCCGGUCGCUGCUCAAGAUCCAGGCGCACCGCGGCAUGGUCGGUGGCGUGUGCUGGACGUCGGACGCGCGCGACGGCAAGCGCGGCCUGAUUACUGCGGGAAAGCUCGACGGCACGCUCAAGAUCUGGAAGUCCAAGGCGUUUGCGCCUGGCAUGACUGUUGAGGAGGAGGCGGGCGACGACACGCUCGACCACGCCGGCGCGGUGGGCGAGGACGCCGAUGUCGACGACGACGACCUGGCCAUGGACGAGGGCAAGCGCGAUGCCAGGGGCCUCAACCUCGAGCCUGCGAUGGUCUACACCACCAAGACGGGUUUCAACGGCAUCGACCACCACCGCACCGACAAUGUGUUUGCGACCGCUUCCAACGUUGUCCAGGUCUGGGACGAGACGCGCUCUGCGCCGCUCUCGACGCUCCAGUUUGGCUCGUCGCUCGAGACCGUCUCGGCGCUGCAGUUCAACCACAGCGAGACCAGCGUGCUGGCCUCGGUCGGCAGCGACCGUACCAUGUGCCUGUACGAUAUCCGCACCGGCAAGGCCGAGCGACGUAUCGUCAUGAACAUGCGCUCCAACUCGCUGUCGUGGUGCCCCACGCUCCCUACCGUGCUUCUCCUCGCGUCCGAGGACCACAACCUCUACACCUACGACCUGCGCAACCUCGAGAGCCCCACCCAGAUCUACAAGGGUCACGUUGGUGGCGUCAUGGGAUGUGAUUGGAGUCCCACUGGUGAGGAGUUUGUCUCAGGGUCCUACGACCGCACGGUUCGCCUGUGGAAGCGCGACGCUGGCAAGAGUCGCGACGUCUACCACACCAAGCGCAUGCAGCGUGUGUUUGACGUUACAUACACGCCAACUGCGGAUUUUGUCCUGUCGGCAAGCGACGACGGCAACGUCCGGAUAUGGAAGAGCCAGGCUUCUCAGAAGCUUGGUCCCACGAGCACCAAGGAGCGUGCGGCGAUGGAGUACCGCCAGAAGCUUGUGGAGCAGUGGUCGACGUCCAAGGAGGUGCGCAACGUGGCGGAGCGUCGUCACCUGCCCGCCAGCGUGCACAAUGCGGCCCAACUGAAGCGGGAUAUGAUCGAGGCUCGCAAGGUCAAGGAGGACCGCCGCCGCAAGCACUCGCGUGCUGGCAAGGAAAAGCCAAAGGCCGAGCGCAAGAAGGCCGUCAUUGUCGAGCAAAAGUAG